UUUAUAGGUGGUGGUGGAGGUGAUUUAUAAUAGUAUGGCGGAGGAGGGGAUGGUGAAGGUGGUGGUGGAGAUUUAUAGUAAUAAGGUGGAGGAGGAGAUGGUGAAGGAGGUGGGGGAGAUUUGUAGUAAUAAGGUGGAGGAGGAGAUGGUGAGGGUGGUGGAGGAGAUUUGUAGUAGUAAGGUGGCGGAGGGGAAGGUGAGGGUGGCGGUGGAGAUUUGUAAUAGUAAGGAGGUGGAGGUGAAGGUGAAGGAGGUGGGGGUGAUUUGUAAUAGUAUGGAGGUGGAGGUGAAGGUGAAGGUGGUGGGGGAGACUUGUAAGCAUAUGGUGGGGGAGGUGAUGGUGAUGGUGGCGGAGGAGACUUGUAUACAUAUGGUGGGGGAGGCGAUUGCACUGGUGGUGGUGGAGACUUAUACUCAUAGGGAGGUGGUGGAGACGGAGAAGGUGGAGGAGGAGAUUUGUAUUGAUACACAGGAGGCGAAGGUGAAGAAUAUAAAUAACUAG